AUGGGGACUUAUUCCAAUAGACACCAUUUGAUGUCCGAUGCUAACAACAGAGAGGCAUUUGUUCCACAUUAUGCCUGGUUUCAUUCAGGGAAUUUUUUCCCUGCUAUGAAAAUUGUCAAAAACCCCUUUCAAGCAACUCAGACGAACCACAGACCUGAUCUUGAUGCAGUUCCCAUCCGUUCUGUUGCUUCCUCGAAUGGACCAGCAACGAAUGGUGAGUUUGAGACUAUUUCCACCAAAAGCAAUAAAAAGAAGCCUUCUACAGGGUAUUCGAAUCAUAAUGCAUCGAAGGAUUUGGGGCCGAAGCAACCCAAAAAGAAGCAUUCUGCUACUAAGAAGGCUAAGGGACAAACUAAGCCAGGAGCAAGGGUAGAGAGGAAGAAUCCGAAUAUAGUUGUGGACAAUUUCAGCUUGGAUGUUUCAGGGGUACCUCCUCCAUUUUGUUCUUGCACUGGUGUCACUAGAGGGUGUUAUAAAUGGGGUGCUGGUGGAUGGCAAUCCUCAUGUUGCAACUCUAGCAUAUCUGAGUAUCCCCUACCUAUGAGUUCCUCGAGGCCUGGGGCUCGCUUGGCUGGGAGGAAAAUGAGCAAUGGAGCAUACGAGAAACUUAUAUACAGGCUUGCUGCUGAGGGUCAUGAUCUUUCUCAACCUGUUGACUUGAAGGACCAUUGGGCUAAACAUGGUACUAACAAGUUUGUUACAAUCAAGUGA